CUACUUACUACUUUUUAUCUGUGCGGACAUGGACGACGAUAGCAAUAGCGCUUCCAACCGGGGCUUCCGCAACGUCUCGCUGGGUCUGCCAGGGUGGGAGUCGGAGCGGCGCGAGGCUCUGUUGAGUGACGAUGACUUCAGCAUCGUGGACGCCAUGAGCGCCAGCAGCAGCAGCGCCCUGGACAACGUCACACGGGUGCUGGACCGGGCGACGGCUCGCGGCCGGUUGGCGGAGGCGGUGGAGCCCAACCCGCUGUUCGUCAACCUGAGCUGCAAGUGGUGGCACGCCUCGCGCUCCAAGGAGUUCAAGUUCUGCGGGGGGAGUUGCAAGCUGUGGCGGCCUCGCGCGGAAGCAUUUUCGGGCUCGGGCGUGCGUUACCGGGCUGUCGAUUUCUGCCUCGCCAAGUUGAUGGAGACUGACGGGGAGGCGGCGGUGGCCGCGGACCCAAGCGGCGGCACUGGCAGCGGCACUUCGCCGCUCGCCGCGGCUGCGGGUCUGCGCCAGCUGGUAUUGCAUGGGCGCUUGGGUCUACUAGUGGGCCGCUCUUCCCUAGCGGAGGUGCUGGUGCAGGUGGUGGAGAGGCUGCAGGAUCCCGAGCUGUUGGCGGCGGCCCUCGACGUGCUGCAGUGCCUGCUGAGCACCGAGGCUUUGGGCAGUCGCCGCUGCGCGCCCGCGGCGGUGGCUGCCGUCAUGGACCGCUGCCUUGGGCUCUGCCGCAGCGCCGCCUGUGCUCUAGACGCCGCGUUUACGGCGACUGCCAGCAGCGGCAGCAGCAGCUCCGCAGAGCCCCAGCAGCAGCCGCAGCGGCAACGAGAACAGCCCCCACUGAAGGCAGAAGCACCGCUGGCGCUGGCCGCUGUGGGCUUCCUCAAGGGCCCUCUGGCGGCGCUGUCUCAGCUGCCGCCGGAGCAGCGGGCGCAGCUGGCGGCAGACGUCACCGCACUGCUGCGGGCGCAGGUACACAUGGGCGCGGCGGCUGGAGAUGGGCGCGGCUGCAGCAGCCGUAGCAGCAGUAGCAGCCGCGGCAGCAGUGACUCGGCUGCAUCCGCAGCAGCAGGUGUGGCCGACUGCCUUGAGCUGAUGCGCGCGCUGCUUCAGCAGGAUGCCGCAGCAGUGGCUGCUGCUGUGGCCAGCAGCACCGGCGGUGCCGCCACAUCAGCGGCCGCGUGCUCAGCCGCACUUGGGGCCGGCUGCCUGCCAGUCAUGUGCGCCGUGCUGCGGGCCAGCAGCAGUCUAGCAAAGCCGCAGGAGCAGGCGGCUGCUGGCGAUGUGGGUGGUGCUGUUGUCGGCGGCAUGCAGCUGACGCCUGUGCAGGACCUGGUGCUAUGGUGCCUGAUCAAUAUCGCCAACAUCAGCGGUAGUGUCACGACCAGCUGCAGCGCACAGCCCGCGCAGCAGGGGUCGCCGCAGGCUCAGAUGCUGUCCGCAGGCGGCACGGCCCUGCUGCUGCCGCUGCUGCGUGCGCCGGCGGCUGCGAAACGCGUGCUGCAGCUGUUGAUAUGCUUGGCAGCGGCAGACGGACCGGAGGCGCAGCGGCAGAUGACAGCAGCGCUGGCAGAGGCGUGCGCGCGGUGCCCGGAGAUGCAGCGGCAGUUGGUGGGGGCGGCAGGCAGCUGCGUCACAGAGCUGCAGCAACAGCGCCCGAGGCCUGUGGCCUCCUCCCAGCAGCUGCAGCUGCUCCUGGAGUCAGUGGCGGCGGUGGUGCAGGGCCAGCGCAGUGUGGCGACGGGGCUGCUGCUGCCGGACUGGGGCGGCCUGCCGCUGGUGCGGGCGGCGCUGCGGUGCCUGGGCGUGGGCGGUGGGGGCGGAGCCUCCAGAGCCACAGUGCCAGACAGCAGCAGUCGCAGCAGCAGCUGUAGCGGCCCAUCCACAACACCCCUGGUCACGGCGGCUCUGCGGCUGCUGCGCCAGCUGCUGCUGCGCUGCGGCCCGCCGCCGCACUCCAGCCUGCCCACGACCUACGGGGAGCUAGUGCGGGCGCUGGUGCGGCUGAAUGGGUUGGACGACGUCGACAACAGCCUCCGCCUGGGCUGCCUGCAUGCGUGCCUGGUGCAUGGCAGCGGCAGCAGCCCGUCUGGCCGCCUGCCGCUUCGGCGCGAGGCUGCCCUCAGCCUGCACGCAGCCCUUGGCGAUGGUGACCUGCUGGAGCAACUGGCUGCCCUGCUGGCUGUAGCUAUGGAGCGGCACAAGCAGGAUGAGGAGGCGGGAGCUGGCAGCAGCAGCAGCAGCAGCGAACGCAUCAGCACCAGCAGGGCUGCCAGCUGCCACGCAAGGCAGGUGGAGCUGCUGCAGCUGACCGCCUGCGUGCUGGACGCGGCGUGGCUGGUUGCGGCGGCGGAGGGCGGCAGCAGCUCGGCAGGUGGCGCAGCGGCGGAUGCGAAUGUGGGAGCAGCUGCCGCAGGCGGCCAGGCACCGCGGCCUGCUGCUGUGCGCACACCAGCCGCUUUCGUGAUGCGGCUGGCCGUUGCUGCGGUGCCGUUCGCUGCGCGCAAGGUUCGCGACCUGCUUGCGGACACGGACUCGGCAGAGCCCCCCGCCGCCUCAGAACCCCCGCAGCUAGAGAUCUUGCUGCGCGCCCUGCACGCCGCAGUGGCCGCACUGCUGGCCACUCCGGGUGGAGCGGCGGUGAUGCGCGAGACGGAUGGGUGUGUUGCGGGCGACCUGGUUGGAGACCUUGUGCCGCUGCUGCUGGGGGUGCGGGCGCGCGCGGCUACUGCUGCACCUGUCCCUGCUGGCAGUAGCAGCAGCAGCAGUAGCACUAUAGCAUCCCUGGCGCUGCAGAUCCUGGUGAUGCUGUCCACGACGAGCGACAGUGGUGACGUGGCCUUCCUUGCAGAAGCCAUUAUGUGCAGUCAGGUGCAGCAGGUUGAGGAGCACGGCCCCCCGCUGCCGGCCGUAUGGAGCCGCCUGAUGGCGGCUGCGGUGCCGGUGGUGCGCGGGGCGCUGCCGCCAGAUGUGUGCGCCGUGCUGCUGGCGCCGGUGGCGGCGGAGGCGGCUGGUAGCGAGGCGGGCGGGGAGGCGGGCGAUUUGGCGUGCGGCGAGGCGGGCGGCGGCGAAGCGCAUUCCGCAGCAGCCAGUGCUGCUGACGUCCUGGCUUGCUGGCGUGAAGCGGCACGGGUACCAGACGAGGACUUCAUCUUCGCUGUGCAGCAGCUUGGCCUGGCCCUGCUCAGUGGCGGCAGCACUGCCUCGCAGCAGCAUCAGCAGCAACAGGAGCACCAGCAGCAACAGCAGGAUUCGGCGCAGCUCUGCACUGACCACGCAGCCUGCGUCACCUUGUUUGCGCUAGGGUUUGUUCAGCAGGCGACGAGCAGCGUAUCAGCUAGAAUGACCACAGGCACUGAGGGCUGGCUGCUGGCAGCGGCAGCGCGCCUGCUGCGGCCGCUGGCGUCGCAGCUGCCGCGGGCGCAGCUGGCGAUGCUGGUGCGCGCCCUGACCUUGCGGGUGGCUGGCGGCAGCGGUAUGUACGGCUCCCUCGCGGCGGAAUGUCGGCUGCCGGUGCUGCUGUGCCUGGCGGCGUGUGUGGAAAACCCGCUACUGCGCGCGGAGGACUGGCCGCAGCUGGCGUGCAGGGGCUACGGCGCGCUAUGCGACCACCUGGUGGAGGCGAUACAGCAGGACAGCGGCCCGGCGGCGGGCGACACACCCCAGCAGCAGAUUCAGCAGCGGAUGGAGCAACAGCGGGCGGACCGCUUGCUGCUGCUCAGGCUGGCCUGCCGCUGGUGUCUGCGCGCGGCGUCCCGGCCUAUAUUAAAGCAGCAGCUGCAGCAGCUGGCCUGCUCAUCGUUGCAGGCGGCACUGCAGUCCGCGGCGGCAAGCCAGCCGCCGGCUGCUCCGGCUUGCCCCUCGGCGGCUUUUGUGGCGGCCCUGUACUGCCUGGCCGAGUGCCAGCUGGCGGUGUGUGAGGGGCCGCUGACAGCCCUGUACAGCGCUCCCCCCUCGCCCUUGAAGGAGGUGAAGGGGCAGCCCCUACCGUCGCCGCUGCCGGCGCCGAUGCCGGAGCAUCGGGGGCAGGGGCAGCGGAGUGGUGGCGCCAGCAGCGCGACGGUAGCGGCGGGCUUGGAUACGCAGGAAGCGGAACGGGUGUUGCUGCUGGCCACGCUGGUGCAGCGGGCCAACGCCGUGCUUGCUCAGCACCUCCCAAUGGAGAGCCUGGGCAGCAGCUCCGAUGACAGCAGCGCUGGUGGUGGCAGCGGCAGCGGGGGCGGGACAUGCGAUGCUGCGGUGCAGUCGCAGACGCAGCUGCCAUCUCCCAGUGGCCAGCUGCUGCUGCUGCUGCGGGCGGUGGUGUGUGGUGGGCGCUGGGCGGCGCAGCUGUCGUCCCUGCAGCAGCAGGCGCACGAGGCCAAGUGCGACACGCUACGGAACCGGCUGCAAGGCCGGGUGGACCAGCUGCAAGGCCAGCUGAAGGACCGCGACCGGCGGCACGGAGGUGGCUAAUUUGCAGGAUGUCUGGCUGCAGCAGGAGCUCAACCGCCAGGUGGUGCUGGGCCAUCCAGCCCACACGGGUACAAUCUAGGCGGUGGUUAGUGUGGUGUGGAGGCAAUGGCCUUUGUUGAGUUGUUUACGUGGUGUGUGACAAACGGCCGCUUGCGACCUAGCCGUGCCGUUUCGUAGCCACGCUUCCAGUGGCCAAGUUCGCCCACGCACUGCGGUUUAGCGGUGGACACCGUGGCCGCGGAUGCAAUUGACAGCAACCAUGCCGGCAGGCUCAGUGUGGUAUUGCGGACAGCAAGGAAUGUGGUUCUAUGGUAGGGGAGGCUGCGCGGGACCUCUAUUGGCACGGGUGUGAGGGCGUGCGGCCUUGCAGCGGCAGUAGCUGUCGCGCCAUCAUGCCGGCAGCAGGGCCGAACCUUGCCAUGACUCAUAGGCGAGCCAAGUCUGUUUUCGAGGCAAUAGCUGCACAGGCAACAGCUGCUGCGGGCACGGUACAGAAGCUUUGUAACGAAAUGGGCCGGAUGGCAUCGACCAAGAGUACCCAUUCAUUCGAGCACGACUGCACGAGUCAUGCUGAGCGUCCUGACUGUCACCAGAAGAUCGCUCACUUGACACAUGCGCCAGGGGGGGGGUAGAAUCUUCCGAAACAGACCCCAUGCCUCAAAUGGAUAGAGCUCAACGAGAAAAUCACGAAUCCGCUUUCAAAAUCGAAAAUGGGUUUCUGGGUGCAAAGUUAUGACCCCUCAAAGUGGCCAGUCGGUCGGUCGGUCGGGGGUCCCAAGAGGUUUUGCACAGGUUCGUCCAAGUUUUGUUCCUAGCGCUUCUGUCCUGCAGCACGCGGCGCAAUGGGUGCAGCUCAACGAUGCGUGCGUAGGUAUACCCCAGACUUAGCACACACAUGCUUAGUAUGGGGUAGUUUGGGGAGCGGCACGUCGGCAUGUCGGGAGAUGCCUGGGGAACUGGUUAGGGACAGGCCGGUGCCGGCCGGGUUUUGCAUGGAUAAACGUGUCAGCACAUUUCGUAUCAUCAAGUAA